AUGUCGACGUCCUCGGCGACGAAUCGUUUGCGCCCUCCGGCUGUACCGGCUGCCUCCGCCACCGUCCCCGACGAGGCGUCCCCAUCUCCAUGGGCGUCCCUCCCCGCGGAUCUGGUUCGCCUGCUUGGCUGGCGGGUGCUGGCGCGAGAUCUGCUCGACUACGUCCGCUGCCGCGCAGUCUGCACACACUGGAGGUCCAGCACCGUCUGUCCCCGUGGCCGUGGCAUCGUCGACCUGUGUUUUCACCCACGCCGAUGGACGGUGCUGCCCGAGGGACAUGGAUUAGACCCUGACGACAAGGGCAAGAGACGCUUAUUCAGCCUCUCCACCGGAGUUUCCGUUUGCCCUCGACUUCCGGACGACUAUCGCAUCCUUGAUUCGGUCGACGGGAUCCUCCUACUGCAUCGGCGGCAGCGAUAA